UUCUUCCUCAGCCGUAGGCCGAGCCGGGCCGAGGGGAUCCGAGUGGGGCCGAGGCCGCAGGGCGCGCCGCACGCGCGGCCAGGAGGGACUGAAGAUGCUGGCCUUUCCCUUGCGGCCCCGCCCAGGUUCCGGGCAGACUCCGGCCUCGCCCUUCCCGCUGCUGCUGCUGGCGGUGCUGAACGCCCCGGUGUUCGGUCGCGUCCCUCGCUCGGUGCCCAGGACUUCGCUUCCCAUCUCUGAGGCUGACUCCUAUCUCACCCGGUUUGCUGUUCCUCAGACGUACAAUUACUCUGUUCUCCUUGUGGAUCCUGCUUCUCACAUGCUUUAUGUUGGCGCCCGGGACACUAUCUUCGCUUUAUCCCUGCCCUUCUCAGGGGAGAGACCCCGCAGGAUUGACUGGAUGGUUCCUGAGGCUCACAGACAGAACUGUAAGAAGAAAGGUGAGAAAGAGGACGAAUGUCACAAUUUUGUCCAGAUUCUCGCCAUUGCCAAUGCUUCUCAUCUCCUCACUUGUGGCACCUUCGCGUUUGAUCCGAAGUGCGGGGUUAUUGAUGUAUCCAGUUUCCAGCAGGUUGAAAGACUUGAGAGUGGCCGGGGGAAAUGUCCUUUUGAGCCAGCUCAGCGGUCAGCAGCUGUAAUGGUUGGGGGGGUCCUCUAUGCUGCCACUGUGAAAAACUACCGGGGGACGGAGUCGAUUAUCUCCCGGGCUGUGGGUCGUGCUGAGGACUGGAUUCGAACAGACACCUUGCCAUCCUGGCUUAACGCCCCAGCCUUUGUCGCAGCCGUGGCGUUGAGUCCAGCUGAGUGGGGGGAUGAAGAUGGAGAUGACGAAAUCUACUUCUUCUUUACGGAGACUUCCCGAGCAUUUGACUCAUUUGAGCACGUUAAGGUCCCGCGGGUGGCCCGUGUUUGUGCGGGUGACCUUGGGGGCCGGAAGACCCUCCAGCAGAGGUGGACAACAUUUUUGAAGGCUGACCUGCUAUGUCCAGGGCCUGAGCAUGGCUGGGCCUCCAGUGUCCUGCAGGAUGUGGCUAUGCUUCGACCUGAGCCUGGGGAAGGCACCCCCAUUUUUUAUGGGAUUUUUUCUUCCCAAUGGGAGGGGGCCGCCAUCUCUGCUAUCUGUGCCUUUCAACCAGAAGACAUUCGUAAGGUGCUGAAUGGUUCCUUCAGAGAGCUAAAACAUGAUUGUAAUAGGGGACUGCCUGUCUCGGACAAUGAUGUGCCCCAGCCCAGACCUGGAAAGUGCAUCACCAAAAACAUGAAGCUCCAGCAGUUCAGUUCCUCCCUCUCCUUGCCUGACCGCGUGCUCACCUUUAUCCGGGACCAUCCACUCAUGGACAAGCCAGUGUUUCCAGAUGAUGGCCACCCUCUGCUGGUCACUACGGAUACAGCCUAUUUCAGAGUCGUGGCCCACAGGGUGAUGAGCCUCUCUGGGAAAGAGUAUGAUGUACUCUACCUGGGGACAGAAGAUGGACACCUCCACCGAGCAGUACGGAUCAGAGGCCAGCUCAAUGUCCUGGAAGAUCUGGCCUUAUUCCCAGAGCCACAGCCAGUUGAGACUAUGAAAUUAUACAAUGGCUGGCUCCUAAUUGGCUCCCGUACGGAGGUGACACAAGUGAACACCACUGACUGUGGUCGUCUCCAGAGCUGCUCAGAGUGCAUCCUGGCCCAAGACCCUGUCUGUGCCUGGAGCUUCCGGCUAGAUGAGUGUGUGGCCCAUGCUGGGGAACACAGAGGGCUGGUCCAAGACAUAGAGUCUGCAGAUGUCUCUUCUCUGUGUCCCAAAGAACCUGGAGAACACCCAGUAGUGUUUGAAGUUCCCGUGGCUAAAGCUGCACAUGUGGUCUUGCCAUGUUCCCCGAGCUCAGCAUGGGCAUCCUGUGUGUGGCACCAGCCUGGUGGAGUGACUGUACUUACCUCCCAGCGGGAUAGGCUAGAGGUGGUGGUGACCCCAGGGGCCAUGGGUGCUUACGCCUGUGAAUGUCGGGAGGGUGGAGCAGCUCGUGUGGUUGCAGCUUACAGCUUGGUAUGGGGCAGCCAGCGGGGGGCCACAAGCCGGGCCCACACAGUUGGGGCUGGACUGGCUGGCUUCAUCCUGGGGGUCCUUGCAGCAUCCUUGACUCUCCUCCUGAUUGGUCGGCGUCAGCAGCGACGGCGACAGAGGGAACUUCUGGCUAGAGACAAGGUGGGCUUGGACCUGGGGGCCCCACCAUCUGGGACCACAAGCUACAGCCAAGACCCUCCCUCCCCCUCUCCUGAAGAUGAGCGGCUUCCCCUGGCCCUGGCCAAGAGGGGCAGUGGCUUUGGUGGCUUCCCUCCACCCUUCCUGCUUGAUCCUUGCCCAAGCCCAGCCCACAUUCGACUAACUGGGGCUCCUUUAGCUACAUGUGAUGAAACAUCCAUCUAGAGUCAGGCACAUGGCUUCCAGUGUAUGAGUGGUCACUGGAACAGAGUGACCACUGAGAUGCCAGGGGUCACUGGGCCUGGAAGACAGUCAUAACCUUUCACUUCUCUUUGAGUCUGAGUGAUCACUUGGAUUUCAGUGUCUGUCCUUUCUGGAUUUGGGUGGGCUUGGGGCCAGGCCUUUGCCUGAUUUCUGAUUCCCAUGAGAGAUCAGAAUUUCUCUCUGCAGCAAAUUGGGCCUCUCCCCAACUCUGAACUCCUGUGACUCUUCAGCCCUGUCCCUCUUCUUGGGUCCAUUAGUUUUGGGGAUGAAGCACAGGACACAGCUAUGACUUUACUUUUUAGUUUGGCCCUGGCCAGAAAGAAGAGCCAUGGAAGUGGUUAGGGACUAAUGUGCACUGAGUCUUCGGGGUGGUUUUGCUGAUUUUCCCAGUUUAUCUGAUUAUCUGUGGGGAGUACAUGAUCCCCGUAUUGCAACAUGGAAUCUCUGCUCUGAGAUCUCCCCCAUUCCAGUUUUCCUUCUUCUGUGAAAGUGUGUAUAAAUACCUGGGUAUUCAUA